UAAAACAGAAUCAAUCUUAAAGAGAUUUCCAUCUCUCCACCUCUUCUCCCUCUUCACCCUGUGUGGGUUAACUUAACGGAUACAUAGCAGUCCACUCCUCCUCUUUCUUCUCUUGUUCUUGGAAAGCUUCAAUCUCAUCCCUUGUUACUUGCUAUUUUUUUGUAGGCAGCUCUUUUCCCCAGCUCUUCCUCCCAGCUCUUCGUCCCUGCCACCACUUGCCUUUCUCUCUCUCUUUCCUUCACUUUUCUUUUUUGACGUGACCAGAGACAGGUUCAGAGCGAUAGCAGGCUGCCUAUCAAAGGAGGAGAGAUAAAGAGAGGGGGAGAGGAAGAGGAGAAGCCUGCUCUUUGAUCAAGUCUGUCAGCCCAAACAACCACAAAUACAGCCCUCCCUGUCUCUGGUAUUCACCCAUUGGAUCGAUUUCCUCCAUCUUCCGGUGUGCCAUAAUCAUUUCAACAGGUCCUGUUUGCUAUGCUGCAGCAUGUCUACUCCCGUGUCCCCGUCCCCCUCCCUCUCCCCCCUGACCCUGGCCUCCCCCGUGGCCACCCCUGGGGCCUCUCCCCUGCCCUCCCCCCUCACCCCCCCUCCCAGGGUGCCAGUGUUCCAGAGGAAGGGGGCGCUGAAACACAAGAGGAUCAUCGAGGUCAAGGACCACCAGUUCACCGCUCGCUUCUUCAAACAGCCCACCUUCUGCAGCCACUGCACUGACUUCAUCUGGGGAAUUGGAAAGCAGGGAUUUCAAUGUCAAGUGUGCAGUUUCUCUGUCCACAAGCGAUGUCACGAGUAUGUAACCUUCACCUGUCCUGGAGCCCCCACUGCUCCUACAGAAGACUUGAAGAGUAAACACAGAUUUCGACCUCAGACCUACACUUCUCCAACGUUCUGUGAUCACUGUGGUUCUCUGCUCUAUGGCCUUAUCCAACAGGGCAUGAAAUGCUCCUGUUGUGAGAUGAAUGUCCACAAGCGUUGUGAGAGCCUGGUGCCCAGCCUGUGUGGUCAAGAUCAUACAGAGAAGAGAGGCAGGAUCCACCUGACCGUCCGGGGAGAGAACGAGGACAUCUUCAUCACAGUGCGGGAGGCUCGUAACCUGAUCCCCAUGGACCCCAACGGUCUGUCUGACCCCUACGUGAAGCUCAAACUAAUCCCUGACCCCAAGAGCCAGAGCAAACAGAAGACCAAGACUAUCCGCUCCACACUCAACCCCGUCUGGAACGAGAGCUUCACCUUCUCGGUGCGUGGGCGGCAGUGGGACCGUCGUCUGUCGGUGGAGGUGUGGGAUUGGGAUCGUACGUCUCGCAAUGACUUCAUGGGAUCGCUGUCGUUCGGAGUGAGCGAGAUAUUCCGUCACUCAGUUAGCGGCUGGUUCAAACUGCUGGAUCAGGAUGAGGGAGAGUACUACAACAUGCCUGUCCCUGACGAAAAUGAGCCUAGUGGUCUAGAUGCUAUUCCCCCCUCCCUUCUCCCCCCCUCCCUGAGGCCUGCCCCUGUGUCUGUGUCUGUGUCUGUCCCCGUGUCUGUCCUGUCCCCCUCAGCCCCGUCAGUCCCCUGUCUGGCCACCCUACCUGCAGGACCGGUCAAGCCCAGGGUUUGCCUCCAGGACUUCAACUUCCUCAUGGUGCUGGGAAAAGGCAGCUUCGGAAAGGUACUGCUGGCUGAGGAGAGAGGAAGUGAGCGUCUGUUUGCGGUGAAGGUGUUAAAGAAGGAUGUGCUGUUCCAGGAUGAGGACACAGAGAGUGCCAUGGUGGAGAGGAGGGUUCUGGGACUGGCCAACCGCCCCCACUUUCUCACAGCACUCUACUCAGCCUUCCAGACAGAGGACCGUCUCUACUAUGUGAUGGAGUAUGUCAACGGAGGAGACCUCAUGUUUCACAUCCAGAUAGUUGGCAAGUUCAAAGAGCCCCACGCAGCGUUCUAUGCAGCAGAGAUAGCCAUAGGCCUCUUCUUCCUCCAUACUAAAGGAAUCAUCUACAGGGAUCUGAAGCUGGAUAACGUGUUGCUGGACAGUGAGGGUCAUAUAAAGAUAGCUGAUUUUGGGAUGUGUAGGGAGGGCAUGUUUGAAGGUGACACUACACGUACCUUCUGUGGGACCCCAGACUACAUCGCACCAGAGAUUGUAGCUUACCAGUCCUAUGGUAAGGCAGUUGACUGGUGGUCGUAUGGGGUGCUGCUCUAUGAGAUGUUGGCUGGACAGCCUCCCUUUGAUGGUGUUGAUGAGGAGGAGUUGUUUCAGUCCAUCAUGGAGCAGAGUGUCUCCUAUCCCAAGAGUCUGUCCCGUGAGGCCGUCGCCAUCUGCAAGGGGCUCCUGACCAAGCACCCAGCGAAGCGACUGGGCGGAGGGGAGGAGGGGGAGAAAGAGAUACGGGAACAUCACUUCUUCCGUUGGAUGGACUGGGACCGACUGGAGAGAAUGGAGAUACAGCCUCCCUUCAAACCCAGAACUGGUGGGAAGAAAGGGGAGAACUUUGACAAGUUCUUCACAGCAGCUCCGUCCGUGCUGACACCCUCUGACCCUGACGUUCUGGCGGCCAUUGACCAGGAAGACUUCCUGGGCUUCUCCUUCAUUAACCCUGAGCUCGCCCCCCCGACCCUCACUGCCAUCUGAGGGGGGCAGCUCUGUCUCUCUCCACCCACACUUUUUUGAAGGGCACGACUCGGUUUCGCUCUGCUCUCCGCUCUUUCGGAGGGGGCAGCUCUCUGUAUUUUUAUCCUCUUCUCUUGGUCUGAAGGGAGCAGCUCUGUCUCUCUCUAUCCUCUCUGUCUGAGGGGGGGGGGGGCUCCCCACACAUUCCCCUCACUGCCUAACAGUCAUUUUCUAAAGAAAAUAAGUUAAAAACAGAGAAUAGCACACAAUUUAAACACAAACAAUCAGUCUACACAACCUACAGAUAACUCUCCCUCUGUGCUAUACUCUAGAGCCUGAGUUCAUGGCUUAUCUUUCAGAGGAAGAUCUGUGUGAUACGGGGAUGGAUGGGCAGAUUAGCGGUAAAAGUCAAAUAACACAUUUAGUUGAUGCGAUGCAUACAAAACAACAUCACUGUUAUUUAAAGAUGAUGCAGUUCAUUGCAAACAUAUACUGUAAGAUGACACUGAAUCUGACUUAAAUCUGUAGUGAUUUUAAGGUAAAUGUAUUUUAUGACAUGGUAUCAUGCUAUUGUGGUAUCAAUAUCAGAUCUAUUACAUAGAAAUACAGAUAGAGCUGUCUAUAUGCCACAUUUAUAAUCUAUUACUUAUGAAAUUAAUUACCUCUGAUAUUAUGUAAAGCAAUAUUUCUUGUGUCAUGUAAUGUCAUAUUGUGUUCUAUUACAUUGUUCUAUUAUAUUAUUACCAAAAAAUUGCUCCUUGUUUUGUGUUUCCAAUUUAACUUCAAUCCAUUGAUGAUAUAAUUGUGAUAUAUAGCUAGAAACCUAGAAGAUGGGUAAGAAAUCAAAUAAAAUCAUUAUAUAUUACUGCUUGAAGAAAGUGAUCAGUGAUCUGGGAUCAGAUUCCCCUACCUACCCCCAGUCCUAACUAUAACCGUUAGACCUGAGGUGAGGUGAAUGGUAACCAAUCAUGAAAAUGAAACCAUCUAACCCUGUGUUCUGAGGUUAAGGGUUAUUUUAACUAACUACAUGAUUACUUACUCUCCCAUCUCUAUCAACAAAUAAAAUAUUUUCCACUUGGACUACCAAGUCAACCAUCUGGUUGAUGUUUCCAUACUGCACAGCUAUGCCCUGUCAGCCUUACACGUUGUCAUCUCUCAUUCUAUUCCUAGAUCAGUUGCUAUAUUUCUUCACUUUCUUGCUGAUUUGACACUUUGACCUGGACCCAAAUUGAAUGUGAAAGCACUAACUCAGGUCCAACUGAGCUAACUGACCCGGGUUGGCACUACAUCAGACACGUGACCUGAGACUACCCAGGAUAUCUGAGAUGAGGAGAGGACAUUUUCAGUAGAGUUGGGAUUCAGUGAGCCACAAUGCUUCAUGUUAAGCCCCAACUAAUAAUAUGCUUAUAUGCUAGCAUAUAACAAAUCAAAUCAAAUCACUUUUUAUUGGUCACAUACACAUGGUUAGCAGAUGUUAAUGCGAGUGUAGCUAAAUGCUUGUGCUUCUAGUACCGACCAUGCAGGAAUAUCUAACAAUUAAUCUAACAAUGUCACAACAACUACCUUUUACACACAAGUGUAAAGGAAUGAAUAAGAAUAUGUACAUAUAAACAUAUGGAUGAGCGAUGGCCGAACGGCAUAGUCAAGAUGCAGUAGAUGGUAUACAGUACAGUAUAUACAUAUGAGAUGAGUAAUGUAGGGUAUGUAAACAUUAUAAGUGGCAUUGUUUAAAGUGACUAGUGAUACAUUUAUUACAUCCUAUUUUUAAUUAUUAAAGUUGUUAUCUUAUAUUAACAUUGUUAUCUUAUAUGAGAUAUAUAUGAGAUGAGCAUGUAAUAUUGUUACAACUUUUGUAGAUUUUAAUUUACGGAAGUAGUUUUGUUUUAUUUAAAUGAGAUUAGAUCAAGUCCUCAUUCUUAGUUGGCACAUUCCCUGUACGGGUCUAUACUCUAGUGUACUGUACUACAUUGUAAGGUACUAUAUUGUACUGUGCUGUACGGUCAUUUGCUGUGUAAGGACAUUGAUCCACCACUGAUAAGGUUAAAAUGUGGGACAGGUCAAUACAUGGAAACAUAAUCAUGACGUAUUCAUGUUCUGUCGUUAAAAUAUACUUGACCUGGAGAGUGUUGCCAGGCAAUGUUCUGGACUGUUUUAUAUUACAUCUAGGAUCCCCAUUAUGGUCUGUUACACUGGAAUUAGUCUAAGUUAUUAGUGAGUAAAAAACUGUCAAAUAUUUGUAUACUUAUGAAAACAUAGUCAUCUGAACUAUUGUGAUCCUGGUGAAAUUAUACACAGAGUCCUUCUUGCCCUUUGUGCUGUUGUCUGUGCCCAAGAAUGUUUGUACCAUGUUAUGUGCUGCUAUCAUAUUGUGUUGCUACCAUGUUGUUGUCAUGUGUUAUUGCUACCAUGCUGUGUUGUCAUGUGUUGCUGCUAUACUAUGUUGAUAUCUUUAGUUCUCUCUUUAUGUGGUGUUUACAUUUGUAUACCAUCACAUACUGUAUCUCUAUUAGGGAAUACUUUGGAACAGAUCUCCACAUUUAAAAUCCCUUGGAGAUGACUUGCUGGUGUUUUUAGUCCACAAUAAGAUAAUGAACUUGGGGGACAAAUAAAAUCACCUGUAGGACAAAUUCAGAGCUGUUCCUGUCGGCUACUUUAAAGGGUCAACCAGGUUUGAGUGGUCAUCAUCACCCAAGGUCAGUUUGGGUUCAGGGUCAAACAGAAAGGGAUUUGUGUAGAUAUAAUACUACAGUACGCAUCAAGAUAUUAAAAUCAUAUAACAUUUUAAGUUAUGAAUUUAUCAUUUAUCUGUAUAUUUAUUAGUUGGGUGAUUUCAUGUUUUGUGUAUUGGGAAUACAUCAAAAAUCAUAAUAAAAUGAACUGGAAAGUCUG